AUUAGGUAGUCCUCACCCGACGAAGACCCUAAGGUUCCAGUUUCCAACCGUCACGGACGACCAAAUCGAGGCUAACAGAGGCCGAGGGAAAGUCUACAUACUCAGUCCCAGUAUAAUAAGAUCAAUGCAUCGCCCAAUGCAUGGCCCCUUUUCUAGCAAAAUCCUUACUGUCUCGUCGUCCUCGUAGCAGCUGAGAAAUAAGAGGCGGGGUUGUAGUCUUGUUGUCUCAUGCUAACAAGAGUACAAGACAAUCAAAGCCGUGAUCACUCAAUCCGCCGAGACUCCAACUGCUUGGAGCCCCUACAGGUCGACAACGCCAAUUGCUCGCAGGACUGACCACAUAGUCAAUCAGCCGCAAAACAUGGAUGUUGAUCACGACUUGGUAUUAGUCGACGAGUUCGAUGCUCUGUCCAUUGAGCUCAAGGUUGCUUCUCGCCAACCACCAACAGCUUCAAGGCUACCGCCGGCAGAAAAGGAGAAACUUAGGAUCAAGGAGCAGCUUAACCAUGGCUGGCUGCACGAGAAUCUGGGAAAAUAUCCAGCGAAACAACAUGCAAAGAAGGUGGCGCGAGAACUGGGUGUGGACAGCGGGCUGAUCUACCUUUCCGGUCAGCAUGAGCUGCUCUAUGAGGACUCGGAUAUGGGCCCCGAGUUUCACCAGCGAAGAUACUUCUUCUACAUCACGGGGGCGGAUUUCCCCGGGUGCGCCGUUACGUACGAUAUUCAGCGCGAUCAUCUGAUCCUGUGGAUUCCGUACAUCGAGCCCAGAAAGGCCCUUUACUACGGAACGGCGCCGUCCGCCGAGGAAUUCAAGGCCGCCUCGGACGUCGACGACGUGUGUCACAUCGCCGGCCUCCAACGGUUCCUGCGUUCCACCCUCAGUCCAGGCAGCACGCUGUAUAUCCUGCACCCGGACCAAGCGCCCAACCUGGGCUGUGCCCAAGGGCCUACUCCUCGCAUCGACUCGGUCAGCCUAGCCCCAGCCAUGGCCAGCGCGCGAGUCAUCAAGACCGACUACGAGAUCGCCAUGAUACGCCGCGCAAACGCCAUCUCCAGCGCCGCGCACAAACUAGUCCUCACCCGGCUCAAAAAACUCACCAACGAGUGCGAGCUCGACGCCCUCUUCCGGGGCUUCUGCAUGUCGCGCGGGGCCAAGCACCAGGCGUACCCCGUGAUCGCGGCCUCCGGGCCCGCGGCCGCGACGCUGCACUACUUUGCCAACGACCAGCCGCUCGCGGGCCGCCAGCUGGUCGUGCUUGACGCCGGGUGUGAGUGGAACUGCUACGCCAGCGACAUCACGCGCACUUUCCCCGUCUCGGGCCGCUUCACCCCCGAGGCCGCUGCCGUCUACGCCGCCGUCGAGCGCAUGCAGAAUGCAUGUAUUGCGCGUGUCAGGCCGGGCGUGGCGUACCAUGUUCUGCAUCUUCAUGCAUGUGCUGUUGCGGUGGGUGAGUUGUUGAGGCUCAAGAUUUUGCACAAUGGCACGCCGUCGGAGAUUUUCAAGACUGGUACCGUGGCUGCGUUCUUCCCGCAUGGUCUGGGCCAUCAUGUCGGUCUGGAGGUGCACGAUGUCUCUGGCAAGGAGAGGCUGCUGUUGGCUGAGCCGGCUGAGUGGGAGGAGCAGGCCGCGGAUGUGUCAAAUCUGAGCCCUUGGGAUUGCAGCAGUAGUGCCAGAUGGCGGCAUCAACGGCAUGCACGCACCCCGCGCGGCAAGCGGGAGUGGCUCAGCCCUGAGAUGCUGGUGGCCAUGUACCGCGAGGCAACCGGCCUCGUUGGAGGCGAUACGGCGUCGAGUAAGGGGCAGAAGCUGGAAAAGGGCAUGGUGGUCACUAUUGAGCCGGGAAUUUAUUUCUGUCGGCCGUACAUUCAGGCCUACUUCCUCGACAACCCGCAGCAUGCCAAGUACAUCAACACGGCGGAACUGGAAAAGUACUGGGACGUUGGAGGCGUUCGGAUAGAAGACGACAUUCUUGUUACCGAGGAUGGCUAUGAGAAUCUUACGACGGCGCCCAAGGGGAAGGAGAUGCUUGAUAUUAUCAAUGCGAGCGAUUAGUCAAGGAGGGUGUUGAUUUUGUUAUCUAAUUUCUAUCCUGCGCCCCUAUUUCUGGAUGUCUCUUCAUGUUCUGGGAAGUUGGGAAUGCAUUCCCACUUCAUAUUCCCAAUGGUUUUGGAAUAGCAACUACACCACAUCUAAGGUUGCCCCUGCUUGCCGACCGAAGUCACACCUCCGCCCUUCCAUCAUUAUCCGUCCCGUCUCGAGCGGCAGCUUAUCGUGGCUCGUUUGCGGGAAAUACCGAGCCGCCUUGUUGCCUAUCCAGCGUAUAUGAUAUGAUGAGUAUCUACUCACAUAUAGGCACCUAGAAACAUCUGCA